GAAUUCUCCCUGUUCCCCACAGCGUCAGCAGGUUGAGUCACUCCAGGACGUGGCCAUGUUUUCCACCCCCAGGAAGUGAGGGAGAGUUGGAUCCCACGGCCAUGGCAGCAGAUGAGAGGGAUUACAACCUGACAGAGGAGCAGAAGGCUGUCAAGGCCAAAUACCCUCCACUCUGUAAGAAAUAUGAAUAUCUGGAUCACACAGCAGAUGUGCAGCUCCAUGCCUGGGGAGACACGUUGGAAGAGGCAUUUGAGCAGUGUGUCAUGGCCAUGUUUGGCUACAUGACAGACACAGAGACCGUGGAACCCGUGGAUACAGUAGAGGUGGAGGCAGAAGGGCACGACUUGUUGUCUCUCCUCUUCCACCUCCUGGAUGAGUGGCUGUAUAAAUUCAGUGCUAAUGAGUUCUUUGUACCCAGGGAGGUGAAAGUGCUUCACAUCGACCGAAUGCACUUCAAAAUAAGAUCAAUUGGGUGGGGAGAAGAAUUCUCUUUAGGCAAACACCCACAGGGCACAGAGGUCAAAGCCAUCACUUACUCAGCGAUGCAGAUCUGUGAGGAUGAAAAGCCAGAAGUCUUUGUCAUCAUUGAUAUUUAAAGCAAGAAAAGUGUGGCCAAGUGGAUAUUACGGGCUGGCAAAAGUCCCCUAAAACUGUAAUCCCCGUGAAAGUAACCAAGGAAUUGGGCAGUUAAAAUCAUAAAUUGAAGGCAGUAACUGCAGGGAAUGUCAGCCAGUGUUUUCAUGUGAAGAUGGUGAGACAGAAAAUAAAAAGAACUAGUUGGGAUUUUGGGGGAUGUUGAGAAGAAGAGAUCUGUAGGAGUUGGAAAUCUCCCAGGAAUGCUGGUAGUCAGCUUUUAAGGCUGGUACAUAUGUAUGAAAUACAGAAAUUAGUGGAGGUCCUAACUAAAAUGCUGCCUUUUUGUAGGGUGGCAGGAGAAAAUGUUCAUCUACGUGAUGUCCUUUGCAGAUUUCACUGUUCUAAUUCUGAGCUGACAUCCCUCCUUCAUCUUAUACAAAUCCCAAAUAGCUGCAGUGGCUCAGAUUUAAUGUGGAAAAAAAUCUGACUGUUGAAAAGACACCUAAAAAAAAAAA